UAUAUCAAAACAAUUUUGAAGAUUCUUUAUCAUAUCUUGAGAAGAAACGGUAUGCAGAGCACGCAGAGUAAGCCAGGGUGGACCCCGCACUUGUUUGGUCCUGUGAUUGGGACAGCCGGCCGGCUAUCAGCAUGAACAAGAUGGCGGUGGAGGACUGCAUAUCCUCACUUCUCCCACUUUAGUCCUCUCGACUGGAUUUCAUGAUAGCAGGUAUCGUUUUCCGAGAUAGACUCCCGGGUAUAACUUGUGCUGUUACUAGCAACGAACUUACCAUGCCAAUCGAAAACUUCUGCCCUUCUGACGAUGGGACAGUCGAAAAGCCGAUCAAUCGUGAACCAUGCAUGAUGGAUUUGAUUUCCAGUUUCAUCACGAAAAGCGACCACUAUGAUCGCAAUCACGGCCCCAUCCAGCACAAAAGUGGCCGUGACCACCGUGUGAUGGUGGAUGGGCUCGUGUCCAGACCCAUGAAUUUGACUUGUGCCCAGCUUGUGAACAAUUUCCCUCAACACACCGUCAUUUGCACGCUUCAAUGUGCCGGGAAUCGAAGGCACACCAUGCGUACCCGAAUCAAGGAAGUGCUCGGAGUUGAUUGGUUUGACGGUGCUGUGAUGAAUUGUACGUUCGAAGGGCCUUUGGUGCGAGACAUCAUACUCGCAGCUGGCGUGGAAGAAAAUCGCACCAUGCAGGGUAAUGUCACACCGAAACAUGUCCAUUUCACCAAUUAUGGAGGCAAGACCCAGCAAGACGAAUGGUACGGUGGGAGCAUCCCUUUCGAUAGGGCCAUGGAUCCGGAGAUGGAGGUAAUCCUGGCAGUCAAGAUGAAUGGUUUGCCUCUCGAAGCUCGUCACGGCUUCCCUGUUCGAGCGAUCGUUCCGGGGGUCCUCGGGGCUCGUUCUGUGAAGUGGCUUGAUCACAUCACUGUCUCGGACAAGGAAUCGCCCUGCUUCUAUCAGCAGCGUGACUACAAGGUCUUACCUCGCGAAGCAGUCGAUGCCAAAACAGCUGAGAAGUAUUGGGCUGAAUGCCCGUCCAUGUUGGAGAUGCCCAUCAAUUCCUGCGUCGCCUGGCCUACCUCAGGAUCCACAAUUGAGCUUCCUGCUUCCGGAUUUAUCGACGUGCUUGGUUAUGCCGUUCCACAAGGCCAUUCAGGUCCAGUGGUGAGAGUGCAAGUCUCGGGCGACGAAGGAAAUACUUGGACCGAUGCGCAACUUGACAAUGGUGGCGAAUAUGCCGGUCGCUGGGCUUGGGUGCUGUGGAACGUGCGGGUCAAGGUGGAAAAAGGUGAAGGGAGAAGGAUCUUUGCCAAAGCUAGCGAUGCUGGAGGCAACACACAGACUGAGGAAAGAUCCGCCUGGAAUCUUAGAGGGGUUGCAUAUAACGGUUACGAGGCUGCAUUCGACUUGACCGUUGUCGAAGCCAGUGAUCAGCAAUCGGCAAACCUGCGUUUAGAUGCGGCGAGACUGUAAGCAUGUACAGUGCAUCCUUCCAAGUAGGUCGGCUCGGUGUCGUGUUAUAUGGGGAUGGACAUUCGGGUUGGGCACCAUUAGGAUCAUCCGUAGCAUGUAGUACAAGCUGAUCAGUU